GCUCCGCCGUUGCUGAGAAGCAGAAGAAGCCUAUGCGAAAGUGACGCGCUCAGCAGCGUUAGUUUGUGAAGAGGACGGCGGACAAAAAAACCAAAAAAAAGAAGAGGACGGCAGACUUUGGAGUGUUUAGCUCAGCAGCGAGGAGCAAUGGCGUCCCUGCAGUCUCUGAGAGAGCUCAUCAGCAGCAGACUGUCCUCUGCCGCGCAGGACAUAUCGGACCGUUUUGAAGAAAACGUCGUCCAUUACGAGGAGGACCAGCGCAGACUGCAGGAGCUGACGCGGAAACCUCAGUCCCGCCAGUUCUCUGUUGUCCUCCCUCAACAUGAUCCGGGUACCCAGGAGAGGAGCUCCAGGGUGAAGCAGGAGAAUCCAGAACCUCCUCAGAUUAAAGAGGAGCUCUGCAGCCUCCAGGAUGAAGAGCAGGAGACUGGUGCCUUCAUGGAGCCUGUUGUUUAUGAGGAAAACAGAGCAGCAGGUCUAAAGAGUCAGCAGAUCCUGACUCAUGGAACUGAUGAUGACAACGAAGAAGGAGGCCAGCAUGAAGAAUCAGCAUCAGCUUAAGAUGGAGAGGUGGCCCUAGGAAGAGAGGCUCGCACAUGACAGGAAGUGAUUGUGUGUCAAAGGAAGCACAGAGAGCCACAAAAGAUUUUCCUGUAAAGAGUCUGGUAAAGAUUCCCAGUGGUUCCUAAUCUGAACGUGCACAUGAAGACUCAUGCUGGACAGCUGCAUUCCUGAAGAUCUGAGAAAAGCCUCAGUCAUGCCCAAACCCUGAAACUGCACAGCGAGAGGCAGCCGCUCAACCAGAAGACCAAGACCUCACCUAAUGGAUUGAAGCCGAACGACUGCUGGUCAGAUGUGGAAAGCACAGCUGAAAGUGUGAGUUGGGGGCACGUACUCUACAUGUGCUUCUUCUAAAAAUCUAAAGAAAGAAAACCGACUAAAAUGAGCAAAGCUGGUAGAAUUGAAUAUGAGUAACACGAUUGUCUGUUCAUCAGUCCAUAACAAUUCACUAGGAGAACUAGAGAAUAAAAACACACAGUUUUUCACGUGGAGAAACAAUCCCCUUUAGGGUCACAGGGUUGCUGGAGCCUAUCCCAGCUACAGGGCCACAUGAUGUGCUCACUCUGCCCCACAAGGGGGCAGUAGUGUAUGAAACCUGUUAGCAGCAUUGGCUUGUUAUGGAGGGUCUUUGAGCUGUUCUUCCAAGCGUCACAGACGUGAAGGUUGAUGUCUGUCAUUUGGUGGCUUUUGUUCUAUGUUUCUGACGCGAUGCCCCGCCCGAUUUCUCCUCAGUGAAAAUAGUUUUUUUAACACCAAAGUUUCAAAGUUUUACACUCAAAGCAGACAGUGUUUCACUUGGAAUGAUUGGCCCUCAACUCCCUCUGUAGUGAUCAGGUUGUGUGAGUUUGAGCAGCUGCAACAGUGAUGACUGUUGAAUGGAAUUUGAUUUCAGAUCAUUUUAUUUUCAAAUAUAUUCACGUAAACACAAAAGAACUGAAGAAUAGAAAAUGACUAUAAAGUCCAACAAAAAUCACGUCGGUACCAAAACUACUUCCCAGUUCAUGAUUGUCCUGUUGUGCUACUUUUACUACUACAGUUUUUGUCCUGAAUGUACUUUUAUGUGUUUGUGUAUGCACAAGUAGCCUAAAUCCCUUCUGAUUGAUUUGUAAAACCUUUUCUUUAUUUUUCAAAUAAAAGGACUUCCACACUA